AUGAACGUCGAGAUUGAACAUGUUCAAUUGGAUUUUGUUACGGAGUUAGAGCGCAACAUCUGCUCAUUAAGAGUGCAAGCAAAUGCUCUUUGUUUCGCUCUCAAGAAUGGUUUGAUAUUCCUGAUAGAUUUGGACUCUCCUUCAGCAGUAUCGAAAUUCAGCAUACCGUUGGUGACUGCUUCCAAUAAUUGUGAAAGGUUGAUUGACAUGUGGCUGAGCCCAGAUGCGAGCAAGCUCUUUGUGAAGACUAAUUUUGCUAAAUACUACCUUUGUGAUGUGGCAUCCAUGAAAGAGAGGAUCGAUAAGGGCUUGGAAAAUAGCAGAACAGGCAUUUUCACGGUGAGAAAGCUUUUGAAAAAGAAUUGCGAUAUUAAAGUAGUCGAUUGGGGUCGCGAUGGUAAUAUGCUAUGUGGCACCAUCGAUGGGCAGGUGUUCUACAUCGAAAUAGUUGGCAAAAACGGGAAGCAGAAGAGCGACCCCGAUGUGUCGAUAAUCUAUAAAAGCAACAACAGGAUUGACGGUAUUUUAUGGGAUGGAGAAGGGCAUCUGGUGCUGGCCUCUGGCAAUAGCAUAGCGUAUUGGAAAAAUGUCACGAUAAAACGAGAAACAACUUUAGGCGAACCGCCAGAGACCGAAGAAUUCGAGCAGCUCCACAAGGAAACCAGCAGAAAAUUCGCUUCCCACGAAGAUAUGUUUGCCUGGAUAACUCAGACAGGUAUCUUAUUUGGAAGCAUCAAAGAUAAAUCAAAAGUCUUGAGCAAUGCCAAAGUGUUUUUGACUGUAGAACUUCCGGAAUCCAAGCACAAUAUUAGAGAUAUUAUGCUUACUGAGCACCAUAUAAUCGUUUUGAGAGGUUGUACUGUCACGUUCAUCAAUCAAUUAAGCAACUCUGUCGUUUUUGAGGAAUCGAUAUUGAACGAAGCAGGCGAACGAAUGAUAGGGCUAACUGCAGAUUACUCUCAGGAUGUCCCGACGUUUUGGUGUUUUUCCAACACGAAUAUAUAUGAGAUUGUUUUGAGCAAUGAAUCACAGGCUGUAUGGAGACUCCUCUCUGAGCAACACCAAUACGAUGCAGCGUUAAAAUUGCGGGAUUUGACCGAUCUUCAAAGACAAGAGCUCUAUUUCCAAAAAGCAUGCUAUUUACUUGACGUGCAGGAUCGACCGGUAGAGGCGGCGCGAUGUUUUGGUAAAUCUUUCAUUGCUUCAACAACCUCUAUAGCCCUCAAGCUUCUGAAUUCUCGAGGAAAUACAGAGUCACUACAAGUGUUUUUACUCGCAAGGCUUGAUAGUUUGACGUCGAAGGAUCAGGUGCAGCGAAUACUACUUUCAAGCUGGAUUGUUUGGACUUUCAUGAAGCUUCUAAAUGACACCGAUGAGGGUAUAAAUACAGAAAGGCAGGAAACUGAGUUAAAGCAGCUGAAUGAGCAGAAAGACAUGAUCGAGGAGCGACUGAGAAAAUUCUUUGAAACUCACCUUGAAUGUAUGGACAAAGAGACAGUGUAUCAAAUCCUUGAGGAACAAAAUAGAAAGCAGGCUCUACUGUUCUUUGCAAAAUUGAUCAAAGAUCAUGACUAUGUGCUCUCAUAUUGGGUCCGUCAAGAAAAUUGGUACGAAGCCUUGCGAACGCUUCUGGAUAUGCAGGACCCAGAAAGUGUUUACAAAUAUGCCACUAUCCUGUUAGUGAAUUCUCCUGAGGCUACAAUACAUACGUGGAUGAAGAUCGCUGGUGUAAAUCCGAUUCAACUGAUUCCCUCGGCGUUGACCUAUUUCACUAACUUCCAAAAGCAAUUGCGUGUAAACGAACAUGACAAGCAUAACUUUGCAUUGACGUACCUCUUGUGGUGUAUCGAGGAGCAAGAAUUCCGUCAGACUAUCUUGUUCAACACCGCCCUCUAUAUGAUGAUCAGUCAAGGAAGUCCGAUUGGUGAGGAAGAAAUAGAUUCCCUGCGACUUAUUAGAUUUCUUGAUGCCCAUGAAGGGUACUAUGACAAGGACUACAUUCUCCGACUCAGUGUGAAAUUCCGGAAAGUGGAGGUAUCGAUCUAUCUUUACACUCAGUUGAAGUUGUACGAGGACGCUGUGAUGCUGGCCCUGGAAAACAACAUGAUACCAUCGGCCAAGUUGGUCGUCAACAAUAAGGAUCUAGAAUGUGAUCCUAAGCUGAGGAAGUUUCUCUGGUUGCAAAUCGCAAGGUCAAUGCUAAGCCAAGAAGACGGAAGCCGCGACGUGAAGCACACAAUGAGGACAAUCAUCAGCGAGUCGAAUGAGAUUCUCGAAGUGAAAGAUUUACUACCCCUUUUUGAUGAGUUUACGACGAUUGCUAACCUCAAAGAUGAACUCAUCCGCAGCCUAGAGAAGCAUGGCAGAUCGAUGCGUCAAAUAUCUGAGCAAAUCAAGCACUCCGUGGUAAUCAAGAAAGAGAUAUUGAGAGAUAUCGAAUCCUUCAAAGAAAGGUAUGCUAUCUUGGAGCCAGGGGUUUCCUGUAGUCGAUGCCAAAGGGUCCUGCAAACAAGGAAAUUUUUGGCCUUUCCUUGUGGGCAUUGUUUCCAUACCGAUUGCCUGAUAAGAGCGAUUCUGGACUCGAACGACUAUAACUUAAAGAGCAAGAUUGAAAGCUUCCAACGCCGGAUGGCUAAGGACAAGAACUCUGUGAAAGCAGAAGAGCUCGAGGCGCUUAUAGCAGCCAAAUGUUGUUUGUGCAGCGAUAUCAACAUCAACACAAUCGAUGAACCUCUCGGAGCUAACGAAGAGGAGGUCAAGAAAUGGCAGCUAUAA